AUGCUCCGCGCCUGGCUCAACUGGCUCCGGUCCCUCUUCUGGUCCACCACCCUCGACAUCGCCUGCAUCGGCAUGCAGAACGCAGGCAAGACCUCGCUCGUCAACGUCCUGACCGACAACCGGUUCAGCGAGUCCAUGAUCCCAACACUUAAAGUCUGGGACCUCGCCGGGCAACCUCGGUUCCGCUCCAUCUGGGAGCGCUACUGCGUCGGCGUCUCGGCCAUCGUCUGGGUCCUCGACUCGGCCGACCGCGACACAUUCCCGACCGCACGAGCAGAGCUGCAUGCCCUCCUCGACAAGCCUGAACUGCGCGCCAUCCCGCUCCUCGUCCUCGCCAACAAGAACGACCUCGACGACCACGCGACGGUUGACGAGGUCAUCAAGGCGCUCGCGCUGUCGACCAUCACGAACCGCGAGGUCAGCUGCUACUCGAUCUCGGCAAAGUCGAGCCGCAACAUCGACAUCACCCUCGCCUGGCUCAUGAAGCGCGCGGCGCACUGAGCGCUUCGACCCGUCCUCCUCUUCUUCGCCUCGUCGCACCCGGCUCCGCCUCGUUCAGUCCCCCUUGUUGCUCCCCCAUAGCAUACCUCAGUCUCUCUACACGUUGUGCAUCUCCCCUUGGCCCCGUUUUGUGUAGCACUCGCAAGCCAAUCCUCAGUCACGUG